CUGACUUCAGCUGGCAAUUUAAAGUCUAUGCAAGACGUAUUCCAAUCAGUACUGAGUCAAACAUUAAAUAGAGUGCGGACACUUUAAACCUUUAUAUGUGUAAUCGUCGAAAAAAAGUGCUAUUUCUUGAUCAAUUGGUUUGUGAUAAGUGAUGUGUUCGGCAGACUUUUAGAAACUCGUCUACGAAACCAAAAUGAAUAUGAAUAAAGUGCAGAACGGAAAGUUAUAUAAUGAUGUGAUAGAACUAGUGCCGAAGGGUACAAUCUUUAUUUUUUACACUAAGUCAAUAUUCAUCGGUAUCUGGACACUCAUCAAGUGGUUGAUUCAUGUUGUUUGGAGCAGCAUCUAUCAAGCGAAAAACAAAAAUAGUGAAAACCCUGACUAUUAUGACGGAUAUCACGAUAAACCUCCAUCGAUUCUAGUUGAUAAUAAGAUCGGAAGGCAUUCCUAUGUUAAACUUAAGGGUGUUAAAUUGCAUUAUGUUGAGGCAGGGUCUCAAGGCAGCCCACUUGUUUUAUUACUGCAUGGAUUCCCAGACUGCUGGCUAGGAUGGCGAAACCAGAUCGACGAACUAUCAAAAUUCUUUCGAGUGAUAGCGCUCGACAUGAAAGGUUUCAACGAUUCGGAUAAACCUAUCUGGCGUCAAGUUUAUACACCAAAGAAAAUUUGUGAGGAAUUGCGUCAAUUCGUUUUUUCUUUUGGUUAUCACACGACAACAAUCAUCGGCCAUGACAUUGGCGCCGUUAUCGGUUGGUUUUUUGCUCACACCAAUCCAGAUAAUAUUGACCGAUUCAUUUGUGUCUCGGCCUCACAUCCAAAUCUCAUCUGGAACAAUCUACAUCCGAAAGCUGUUAUAAACAAUUCCUGGCUACAGUUUGUACAAUUGCCUCUUCUUCCGGAAGUGGAUCAUUCACGGUCAUACUCGAAUUUCCUGGAAAAGUGCCUGAAAACCUCACAGGCUGAAAGCAACUCUACCAAAACAGUUGUUAGUUUAGUUAGACGACCCUCAGAGAAUGGAUUUGAGAAGGGUUUCGAUGUAAACUGGCUCGAUACGUAUAAAUAUGUUUUUAACAGGCGGAGCGAUUGGACAGGACCUUUUAAUUAUUACAGAAACUUCCCGUUUUACAGGAUAAAGGAGGGAUGUAUAGUUCGAUGUCCUGUUCUGAUAAUCACUGGCAAUGCCGACAAUUUCUGCUGCCUGGAAGCAAUGGUAAAAAGCACUGAAUAUUGUGAUAACUUCUUAGUGAAAAUUAUCGAAGGAGCUGGACACUGGCCACAUCAGCAAGUUCCAGAUGAAUUUAAUAAGAUUGUUCUCAAUUUUCUAGUCGGUCGACGUGCCAAUAGUGAAGUACGAACGCAUGUUGAGAAGAAUAAUAAAGGACUAGUCGGUCGAAUGUUCGGUGCCGUAUCGAGUGGUGUCAAAAUUGGAUCAUCCAUGUUGGAUUCGAUGCAGCAACGAACAAACGAUGUAAUUGCGAAUGCUCUAUAUUAGUAACAAUCUAGUCUCCAGCGACAUUCGAUAGUUUAGCUUAAGCUGAAAAAUCUGAAAAUCUCAAACAGUGGUAUCACCCAAAUCAUAUCCUUCCUAUUCAGUUACACUUACCCUACGUAUCUAUUCUGCCUGACCGUAAUGAGGUACGGCUCAACAUUUUACCACUCGGUAUUCUAUGACGAAAUUAUGCAAAUCAAUUUAUUCGAGAUGCUUGGAAAUCAUGUGAAGAUGCAUCUAUCACCGAAGCUAUCUUGGACGAUCUUCUGCAGACGGGAACCAGACACGUUUGAACAGAAGGCGCAGAAGUAAAAAAUUGCCACUGAGAAGUGCAUAUGUGUAGACGAAACAAUAAGUCGAUACUAUGCAUUGCACGGAACGCACUGUGAAUACAAUAAACUGCAGCCAGAUCCAGAGUGGAGGAAUCAAAAGAAAUUGGAGUUCAUGUUCGAUCGAAAAGAUCGUAUGCGCCUGUCGGGGAAACCGCAAACAACAUACAACACGAUCCGCGAUCCGGGAUCCGACAAACAAAAGAAAAGACCUCGCUGUAAAGAGCGAAAAACGCGAAAAAAAUUCCUUCAAGUGCACUCAAGGAAUGCCGCUAAUGACUUAAUUAAAGUGGUCAACCAUAUGGAAUGUAUUCCGCAGCCCAGGAUGAAUGGAUAUUUCUGCUUAAUUUUUUUGUGUAUAUUUUGUAAUUUAUAUGAUAAUAAUACAAUAAUUAGUCGGGUUUUUUGUAGUCUCUCUGCACUUGCAUUGUAUUCGCUUCCAUGGCGAAUUCCUUGCAAAGCGUCAAGCUCCAGUGCUUUGAAUAGAAGUGAUGAUUGUAUCUGUUAGCCGCGAUCUUUUCACAGUUCCUACGGUAUAACUGGAAUGGAUCACUUUCAUGCGUUAGUAUCAUACUCAAUCGCAUUUAGUAGAGGAUAAGAAAUAUUUGUGUUACCGGAUCGGUCGUUGUACUGCAUCUAUUGUAGGGAAUAUAUCGUAUUUAGAUAUGUGUAAGCAACAGUAAGCAGUAAGCAGUUAGUAUGUAAGUCAAUUAAGCGGGGUGUUAUCGUGAACUGAAUAAUGCUCUUAAGACGUUUAAUUGAAUUGAUAGCAAAUAAUUUAAUUAAAGUGUAUUGAGAUUAUGUUUAAUGCCUAAGAUAAUAUAUGUAUACUAGAAUAAACAAUAUUUAGUACGAAAAAAAA